AUGCCCCACAACGUGCAUCUGAAUCAGUUUCUACCGAAUGGACCGCCCUCUCAGCUCCCUCUAAUGGUGCCAUCGAUGCAAGUUCCCCUCUCCCAGUUUCCAAAUCAGUAUCCCCACAAUGCGCACUUGGGCCAACACCCCCUCAUGAUGCCCCAGCUUCAACAUGCCCACAAUGUAAUCCCGGGUCAAAAUGUCCUAAACUUGCAUCACAGCCAACACCAACGAAAUUCGCCUCCCGGCCAACUCCCCCUCAAUUUGCCCCCCGGCCAUCAGAAAAAUGCAUCGGCUCAGCACUCGCAGAACGUAUCCUCCAACAAUCAUCACUUACCUCCGAAUCAACAUGGUAGCGUCCAGCCCCCAAAUCAUCAGCUUCAUACCGUGCCGCACACCCAGCAGCCUCCGAACCUCCCGCAAAAUCAACACUCCCACCCCAAGCCCCCGGAUCAACAGGUCCACAGCGUUCCUCAAAAUCCACAAUCUCAACACGGUCACCACAACGCCCCGUAUGAAGCUGGACGGCACUCGCAAGCGGAACCACAGAAGUCUGGCGGUGCCAAAGGUCCCAACACAUACGACUUCGCAGAUCGUUGCGGACAGUCCAAUAAGCAAACCUCAAUGGCAAAUUUGUCGACGGGACCGGGUAGAGAUCGUUCGAAUCUGAGGACUCUGACGGGUGGCGGUGUCCCCCAGAAUUCUAUCGACAUUCCGACGAUCGUGAACAGUAAUAGUAACGCGAAGAAAAAACGGAAUCGCAAGAAAAAGGCGGAUGCCCAGCCCGAUUCUGUGAAGACCGGAAGCAUCGAGGCGGGAUCGGACAUGGAUAUCGAUGAGGAUGACAGCGUAUGCCCGGAUGCUCCGGGUAGACCCGAAGAGAAAUACGCCGAGGAAAUCAAGAGUUACUUGCGGUUAACGCAGAAGAAGGAUGGCGAAAAGGAAAAGUUGGUCGCGUUGAAGUCCGAGAUGUCCAGGAUCAGCAAACUUCAGGCGGAUCUCCUGUGUCUGAGAAAGAAGUUCCCUGAAGACCCAACGCUCGGGAGGCAGCUCAGCAACGCUGCGAAGCUCUACGAGGAGGCGAAGAAGCGUGCACAGAGUGUUCAUACGCAAAGUGAAUCCCUGAACCAAGAAAUAUUCAAAAUACCUCAAAAAAUAAAACUCCUCGCCAUGGAACAUGAAGCUGUGUUCCGGGAUAAAAUCAACCCCGCUGCGGCUGCUUCGAGGGAAGGAUCCAAGAUUCCUGCCACCACCGAUGCGCCAGCAGUUAGAUACGUCGAUCGCGGCGAAUAUUUCUGCUCCUACUGCAAACAAGAGUUCAAAAGUAUAUCAGCAAUUCUCUCCCAUCUUCAUAGCAAUCCUCAUAUAUUGAAUUCCAAGCAGACGACGGAGCGACCGUGGGCGUCGCAUGACACCCCCGAGAAAAACGUGUCUCACGCGAAAAUCGCGCCCUCGAAAAUACCGUCAAAAGGCGCACAGUUCCUCAUAGGGGUCAAUGGAUUCUUUUGCCGACUUUGCAAGUCAAUGUUCCCGGACAACCAACUAGCCGAGCAACAUGUCCUCUCUGAGCCUCAUAAUCGGAAGUACAAGGAAUAUACCGGUUUGAACCCGUUCUACGAGAGACGUGUACAGCUCGAGAAAGAAAUACUUGUCCACACAGUGACAGUGGCGACGGCUCCUCGACAGCCUGCUUCUCAGAUUAAGUCCCCGUCACAGCCGCCCGGUGUCGAGUCGGAACCAGAAAAGGUGUCGCCAAUGAAGGCGGCUCUCGAAGAGCUGCGGAGAGCGGCACUGCUAGAGAACGAAAGUCGCACCGAGUCACAAGAAUCAAAUCAGAGCCCAUCUAAGGUUCGGCCGGCGACUCAAGCUGAGAAGGAACCCGACACCACUUUCUCCGCGGCUGGCAUCCGCACGAUCCUAUCACCAAAGAAAUCCACGGUCUCGAAAUCCUUGGGAGGCAGGUCCCCUCAGAGGAAGAAGAAGAAUUGGAGGAGUACUAAUUAG